CGUCACCAAGCUGUCUCAACUAAUCCAUCCUCCCUUUGAUAAUUGACAUGAAUAUCGCCUCUCCUGUCAACAUGAUCUCUCCCACGAUCCCAGCACCCCUUUCCGCCUGGACAACUCUUCUUAUAAAUGGGCGCUGCCAUGGAACCCUGCCAAGUCGGUCUGGCCUUCGGAUGCCCGUCAACGACACCGUCAUCGGCGCUCAGCAGAUGCUCAUCGCCAAUGGCAUCGACCCAAGCUCGCUUCAUCCUAAAAAGUUGCAGCAGUUUGUCAAUGCUCCACCCCCUGCCCAGCAAAAGUCGAUUGCCAUCUACUCCCAGUACCUGCACCAGCAUUAUGGAACCCAGGCGAGAAGCAGCCAGGUGCUAACUUCUGCCGUUCCUCCUUGGCCUACCGCUUGGCCGCCCGUUGCGCAACAGCAUAAGCCCGAGGCUUACACUUCCCAAGAGAAACUUAUCAUCACAAUCGGGGGCCCAUGGGUUGCAUCGCCAAAGGAAGGCGAGGAAACCGAGGGAAGGGCAUGAUGCAAGCUUCAGGCGGAUGCAAAAGGUGUGGCAACACACACACAAGUCAAUGGAGGGCUGGUUAUAGGGAUGAAAAGCUGUAUAAUGCGUGUGGCUUGGCAUACAAGAAGAAUAUGACGAGGAAGUUAUGGCCUCUAAUCUGAGCAGUUCUGUUUAUGAGACAAGGUCCAGGGCGACUACCAUAGAUUCACUGCCGGUUCAGGAUAAGUUAAUACAUAAGUCGAAUGCAAUGGCCACUCCCGCUUGAUGACGAACCGUGUUCAGAACAGUGUCGCCAUUAUCGUCUAAGGUGGCUUCUGUGCAUAAACACUAAAA